AUGGCUGAUAUACCUUGGGGAUUUCAAUGGCGCUCGUCCAAGUCCUUCAUUGUUGCUUGCAUCAUAAUCGCCCUGUUUUCCGAUACCUUUCUAUAUGGCUUCAUCGUUCCUAUCCUCAGCUACAUGCUGGAGGAUCGCCUGCAGGUCGACCCGUCACAUACUCAACCUCUCACAUCCGCCAUCUUGGCCAUUCACGGCGCCGUCGCUAUAGUCACAGGCCCCAUUAUCGGUCAUUUCGCAGACCAGUCCCCGAACCGUAAAACUCCCCUUUUGUAUUCGCUCUCGGGAUGUUUGGUCGGUACUGUUCUGGUCGCCUGCGCCCCAUCUCUCUGGAUGUUGUUCCUCGGGCGUGUCUUACAAGGUAUCUCUGGAUCUGCGAUCUGGAUUAUCGGCCUGGCCACAAUCGCGGACGCGGUAGGCGAGGAGCAUAUGGGAAAGAUAAUGGGUGUGGUCAAUUCCUUUGUUACUUCCGGUAUUAUUUUAGGUCCGAUGGUGUCCGGGCUGCUCCUGCGGGCCGUGGGAUAUUGGGGCACAUGGGCGCCGCUGUUCGUCGUUCUGGGUUUGGACAUGAUCGCGCGUUUGGUGAUGAUUGAAAACCCGCAAAAAUUCAAAUCUGCGCCCUCGUCUUCGGGGGCCUCGACAGCGACCAACCCGAAUGGGGAUAUUUCAGAGGAUAGGGCCCUUCUCGCUGAGGACAACGCCGCAACCGUGACCGGGUAUCAGUCCACAUCCAGCACCGUACCCGAGCAGGCGAAAAAUGAUAUCGACCUCUCGACCUCCCCUGCCUUCUAUCGCGCCAUGCUCACGAACGGUCGCGUUGUGACGGCCCUGCUCAUUUCGACUACAUCUUCAUCUGUCAUGACUAGCUUCGACGCCACGCUUCCCCUUCAUGUGCGCGAUGUCUUCGGCUGGGGCCCCUCCAAUACAGGCAUGAUGUUUUUCUGUCUAGAAAUCCCUUGUAUAUUUAUCGGUCCGUUAUCCGGCUGGCUCCGUGAUCGAGUUGGCAUUCGAAUCCCGGCCACGCUUGGCCUGGUGGCCCUAGUACCACUUCUAUGGCUGCUAGGCGUGCCCGGAGAUAGACAUUUCCCAUGGGCCAGCGCAGAUACCAGAGGACUCCCCAUCUACAUUGCAUGCAUGUUUGGCAUAGGUGCCGUGUCGCCUUUUCUGUCUGGUGUGGGCACUUUGGAGCUAACCGCGGUAGUUAAAGAACAUUUAGAAGAGAAUCCCAACGUCUUUGGCCUGCAUGGAGGCUACUCCCGGGCGUAUUCCAUUUCUGAUGUUGCUGCUGCCGUGGCCAUGAUGCUAGGACCGAUUGUAUCUGGGUCGCUUCACCAGGCUAUUGGUUACUAUUACAUGAAUUUAAUAUUUGGUAUGGGAAUCUAA